UGUGUGUGAAAGCACUAGUAGAUUUAAUUGUAGAUUUGUAGUGGAGUGAAAGUGCAGCGUCGAGCGUCGUGCGUUGUGUUGCAGGAGGGCGGCGCGCGGUGCACCAAGUGCGGGCGGUGCUCGUUCGCGUCGGCGGCCGACCUCCACCGCCACAUGCUGGACUGCGGCGGCGACACGACGUGGAUGCUGACGAUGCUGCCGGCGGCGUCCCCGCGCCACGCGCGCUCGCGCAAGUGGCGGCCCUUCGGCUCGCGGCGCCGCCGCCAGCAGGGCCGGCGCGGCAUGAAGCGCAACAUCCCGUCCACGCCGCCCGCGCGCCUGCACCACUACCGCCCGCGCACCCGCCCCACCGACAGUGAUACCAUUCAACGUAUGAUAGCAAAUCUACCGCCAAAACGAUCAACACGACGUGUCAUCCAGUUUAAUGAAGAUGAAUCAAAAACACGCAACCAGGCCAAUAUUCAUAAUAUCUCGGUUGCUGCUGGCCUUUCCCGUCUGGCCCAACAGCGUAGUCGAGCUGCAGCUGCUGAACGCCAAGCAUCCCUGAGCUUACCUUCAUCCCCUGGUACUUCUCGCAAGGAACGCGCCCAAGCAAUAUUGGCACGGAAAAGAGCAACACCACCAUCUUCUCCAGCACAGAAUCAACUUCCCAACCGAUCUGCAGGACUCAGUUCAUCGGCUCCUGGAACACCGUUGAUGCGGCCUGCUCGACCCAGUUCUGUACCAAUACCCAUUGCUGCAGCCACUCGCAACCUGAAAUUAGAGUUGGAUUUGGAAGACGUAGCUUUGAGUGAAAGAGUUAGUAUAUUUAGACUAAAAUUAUCCUCUGGUCUUAAAGCCUUGAGGCGUGCAAAAGCUAGAGCAGUUAGAGCUAGAGUCAAUGCUAGUACUGUUAGUGUUGAUGUAAUCAGUGAAAAUAAAACAACACUGGAAGUUGAAGAGCUGAGUACUGCGGUCCCACGUGGUCGCACAACAAGGAGGUCAACUGGGGCAGUUCGAAGCUCUUCUCAAAGCACAAAAAUCACCAUAUCUGAGGACGUUGUGAGACGAUCAGUGUCAUUGGACAACAAAAAAACUGAAAAACCUCGUGCUGAUGUGAACUCCCUUGAUGAUUCUGAAACUGCUAAAUCAGAUACAGUAAAGGUCGCAAAAAUGACUCGAAGCAAGAAAAGUAAGGAAUCUGUAAAUGUUUCAAUUGAUCCUUCCCCAAAUCAAACUUCAGCCCAAGAAACGUAUGCAUUGGAACAGGACCUCCAAGACAGUAUUUUGGAUGAUGAUUUAUCCAAUAGUGUAAAUAAAGAAACUUCUAAUAUUUUGGCAGCAAUGAGAAUUGCAAUGAUGGAAAGUGAAAAAUCUAUCUUGAAUACCCAGACCACUGUAGAAGAAAAGGAAGAUGUAAUUAAUCAGGUGUCUCGGAAACGGACUCGAAGUAAGACUUUUGCAGAAGUAGAAGACAAAUCUAAGAAACCUGGCAAGAAAGUUAAAACAACUCCUCCACCUUCUUCACUCCCUCUUCCUCCUUCCCUUCCUCCUCCUCCUCCUCCUCCUCCUCCUCCUUCUCUUUCCCCUACACCUACUUCUUCUCCUCCCUUAAAAAUAUCUGAGGAACAGGACAAUAAAGAAGUUGUUCGAGAUUCUAUUUCUUGUGAGACAUGUGGUGCCACCUUUGUUUCUUUGUCUACACUAGGAAGGCACAAGAAAAAAUGUUCAAUUAACAGAUCAGAACCAGAUCAGUCAACAGAAACAACUGUUGAUGCUAGUAAUACAGCUGAAAGACAGCUUUGUCAGCAUUGUGGAAAAUAUUUUCCUUAUUCCCCAAUGUUUUGGAAACAUCUUAAAACUUGUCCCAAUUCAAUGUCUGAGUUAGUAAAAGACACUGAUGAUACGGGAGCAGAAAAAACAAAAAUCACUAGUAAAAUUCUUUCUAAGCGAACACCCAAGUCUAGUGUAUCUACAAGCCCACAAAUAGUAAUUUCAAAAGAGGCAGUAGAUGAAAAUGUGGCAAGUCCAGGAGGAAGUGAUGACGACAGAAUGCCUGAGCUGGAGAAAGUGGAACCAAUUGAAGUGGUUAAACGAAUUACACGUUCUCGAAAGGAAGAUCUUGCUGACAUCCCCAUCUUAUCUCCAGUUAUUAGUGAUGUGGAUCCUUCAGUACAGGAGCCUUCUGAAUCUGAUACAGUAUCUUUGCCUUUGUUAUCAGAAGCUGAAACACUACUUCCACCUCCUUUGUCAGAGACUAUUGAUGACGACCGAAAGGGAAGAAGGAGACAAAGGAAGGCAAGGGACAGUUGUAUUGAGAAAGAUCCUGCACCUUUUGUCUCAAACAUAAAAGAUGAGCCAGAAGUAGAAUCUUCAGAAGGGGACCAAGUUGUGGAAAAGGUUUUGGGAAGAACUAGAAAGAGUUGGAGGCAGAAUGAAACUCCAGCUACAAUGUCCGAGUUGGAAGGAGCAAAUGUUAAACCUUCUUCACCUACAAGAAAGCACAGAAGUAGAUCAAGAACUGGCAAAGAGGAAGACAAUUCACUUGUCACAAAGGUUGAAGAACAAGUUUCAGAAGUGAAUUCUAUUGAAGAAACUGAAGAUGCACUCAAGGGACUUCCUUUUGACAAUACUGAGACUAAUGAAACAGGUGAUUUUCUGGAAACUUCUUCAAAGUCAUCUGUUUACAAAAGACCUGAAAGAAGAACCAAACAAAGGGUUUUGAUCAAGGAAGAAGAUACAUCUCACAAUGAUUUGAAUGAAUCUAGUUUACCAGAAACACUUGAACCUGCUUUACCUGUAGAAAAUAAAGAGCAGAUGAUACCACUUGCUUCAAAUGCAGUGAAUAAAAAUAAGAAAAGGAACAAAAAGAAGAAAAAGAAAGAUUUUAAUCCAUUUGACACAAAUGUAGAUCUUUCAUCCUGCCCAGAUUCUGUUAUGGCAGUUCUGCAUGUUGAUCAGGUAAAGGAAGAAUUCACCCAAGAUGAGCGUCAGCUUGCUGUAUCAGUGAAACACUCUGAAGUGCCUGCUAGUGAAGAUCCAUCAUCCAAUCUUGGGAUACAUUCAGAUUCUGUAGAAUCUAUUGAAAUUGUCAAACCUAUUGUGAAUUCUGUGAGCUCAUCAGUGGUAAAAUCAGUUGAAGUAAGUAACAUUCACACAACAGACUUUAUUGUAACAGAAGAAACAAAGAACAGCAUCUCCCCAAACAUUGCAUCUGGGACAAUUUUGAGUGAAACAGCAGCCACGGCUGUUGAGGACUUGCCCAACAAGAGAAGAAGAAACCAGACUCCUAAAGUGCAGGAAGAUGCCACUCUUCCACCUGAAAAGGAAUUUUCCUCCAGCCCAAGGAAAUCACAUAGGUCUAUGCGGAGGCUUUCUCUCACCUCUCUUCCUUCUGAUAGUGAUUCUAGUCCUCAUAAGAGGCGAAGGUUUCAUUCAAACAACAAGCACGCACGCAGAUCCAGUUUAAGAAUUAAAAUUUCAGACAAGGAUUCUUCCUCAAAAAGUCCUUCUGAACCCCAGACUGAAAUUUCACCAUCGUCUGCUGAUCUUGUGGAUGGUUCCAUAAGAGAAUGUAAUAUGGCUUCGACCAUUCAGGACUCAACAGAGAUUAUGAAUUUGGAGGGAAAUGAAAAUGCAUUAGAAAAUGUUUUACAAAGUGCCUUAGAUGCAAAGGAAGAUUGUAACGUACAGGUGGAGGAACCUACAAAUGAAGAUUAUUUUGCAAUGGAUGAAGAAUCUUUGCCCAUUGCGAAACUGAGAGAUCCUGAUUUUAUGGUACUUUAUCAUUCCAGAAAAAUGGAAUCGAAGAAAGUAGAAACUACUGCAGGCCCUGCUUCUCAGAAAAAUACAGAAGAAUGUGAAACAAUGGAAGCAGAAAUUUCAAAAGUAGAAGCAGUUUUAGAAUCCUCCAAUUUGAUUAAUACUGAGAGUAGUACUUUGGAAGAAGAAAAAACCAUACAGGAGUCAAAUCCAAUUGCAGAUGUUAUUGAGGAAACAAGUAUACCACAGCAGACAUUGUCCCCAAAGAGACAUGAUGAGUCAUCGACACCUAUGGCAAGAAGAGAGAGAAGUGUAAGAAUAACCCGCUGGAAUUUGUCCUAUGAGGAAAUGUACACAUCUUCUGAUGUUGCAAGUGAAACAGACAGUCAGGAAUUUGAUACUAGCAUUGGAAAAGAACUUGCUGAUGUACCAGAUCAAGUGCUAGAUAAACCGAUGAAACAGAGUCAUAAGAAGAAUGGGCAUUUACCUGUAAGGAAAGGCAAAAAGGCUCAAAUAAGAAGAAAAAGUAUAAAGAUUCAGAUGGCCAAGAAUAAAAGACAUACAAAUAAAAGGAGGAAAACUGUCCAAAAGAAAUCACCAUCAGAUGUUAAAGAAAAUGCCAAAUUACAAACUGAAGUUGCACCACACAUUAAUGUUUCCACUGACAAGAUUGAAGGGUGUGUUCCAACAGGGGUACUGACUGAACAACAUCAGACAGCAUUAUCCAAUAGCGUAGGUAAUGAUACAGUAGCAGUUGCUGAUAGUGCGGAAGUUUUUAAAGAAGACUUGGUGACAAAUGUAAAGAAACGCAAAAGACGUCGGAGUACUGUUGGUGACAAUGUUAUUAUAGAAGUAACUACAGGUAAUAGCAAUGUAAAACCAGACAUUAUUGACAAUACUAUUACAAUUGAUAUGAAAGCUAAUGUUGAAAAUCAAGAAAACACUGGUACUGAUGCUGGUAGUCAAGAAAUGGAAACUUUUUCCUCUGGACCAUGUCCAGAAAUUCUAUCUGAGCAAGAAAUUGAUGAACUUGAAAACAAAACCCCCCAAACAUCUGAAACAGAAAAUACCUUAAAUCCAGACAUUGGUGAACAGUCAACAUCAGAAGUGAUUGAUUCUUCUAGAAGGAAGGAGAGACUCAGCAGCUCUGACUCACAAAUGUUGAAAUCUGUUCAGUUGAGAUACCAUUGUUCAAUUUGCAACAAAUAUUACUCCACUAGCUACAAUCUCCGAAAACAUGCAACAUCAACAUAUCACCUUGUAAAACUGAAUGAGCUGAAAGAAUCAGGAGAACUAGUGGAAACUGUUGAAGAAUAUAAUUUAAAAUCAAUUACAGAAUGGACAACUGUAAACAAGGAGGUAUCUUGUGAAAGUGUGCUGAAAGUUGAGCAUACAUUGGAUACUAGUAAUGCUGGUAUAAGAAAGAAGCCAAAGAUUAAACGAAAACAAUUGGAGGAAGCAAUAAAAAUCCUUCAGGAAAGUUCAUCAGGUUCUGAGCAUAAUAACAAUGGGUUAGGUAUGGAGGUUGUUACAAUGACAGGUUAUUUAAAAGAGAAUACUAGUUACGAGCCAAAUCGACUUUCUGACCUCCCUUUGAAAAAUGAAACUUCUGAGGGCAAUUCAUCUGGCAGCCGAAAUGAAAUUAGUUCUUCAGUGGGAGACAAAAUCCUUGGUCCCAGUUCUUGGUCUCAAAAUUCUUGUACUGUUUAUGCUGAACAAUCAACUGCCUCUUCAAGUUUCUCUGUUUCUGGAAACUACGAAAAACAUCUUCUUUCAGGGGAGUUGGAGUUCUCUGCUUCAACAUCUCCCGAUCAGGCUAAGGAGCGUUAUGUUUCCACAAAACAGAACUGGACGCCAGUAGAAGGUGUUCAAGAAAGUGCUCCACUGAAUAGUAGCCACAACAACAGCUCAUCUCUCCCAGAUGGAGAUGUGGCUUGGACGACUCAGAAAUCACUUACUCGUGUGCCAACUGUUGUACCAGGGGUAACACUCGAAGAAGGAUCUGUUGCGUCCACAAUUGUAACAGAACCGGUACCUGCAACAUCAUCAGUGUUGGCACCCAUACCAGCAACAGAUUCUGGUGCACCGCCCUGGGGAGAUGCAACUGCUGCGUGGCCCGCUGAGCCACAGCCAGGUGGGGAAGUGUGGUCGAGUGAGGAGGGCUCCUGGCAUUGGCCACAAAAUGUUCCAGACCUUAUCCCUUCGGAGACAUCUCAGUCAUGGGGCCAAGAAGGAUCCUUCUUCAGCCAAUUGGAAGGAGGGGCAAGUCUUGGUUCCAUCAUGGACUCUGUUAAUCAGAUCCUGGACAGCCGCGUGGACGGCGAGGCGGCGCUGGCGCCCCUGCCCGCGCCGGCCGCCUUCCUGUGCGGAGCGGGCGGCAUCCUGCAGACGUUGAUGGCUCGGCGCUCUCGUUGGGGAGGUAGGGAAAGCCCAGAAUGUCGAGCGGUCCAAGACCAAAGUCUUUUGUUUGAAUACCAGGACAAGGAAAUGGUGUGCCCGUUGUGCCAUCGUUUCUUCUUGGGAUUAAUGUCUCUCCAAGCUCACAUUGCCAGCAACCACAAGCAGGAGCAAGUGGGGCAAACUGCACGGCAACCUCGGCCUCGCAAAUCUUUAGCCAGUUUGCUUUCAUCAGCACCUCGUGCAAGCAUUGGAGCUCCUCGACUCUUAUGUAGUCAUUGUCGAGAGCUUCUGCCAGAUGAAACCUCCUUGGCACGACAUGUCAAAGAGGCUCAUUCUCCAACAUCUGCUGGCCAUCCCUCAAUUGCAUCUGAGGGAACAUCAACCCCUGACAAGCCCACUAGUGCUGAUCCAGGUGCAGCUGGUCUGCGCAUCCAAAUGUCGAAUGCCCUGGGAAGCCUGUUUGACCGCGCUUUGAGCAACGUGCUGGGCAAAGGGAAACGGCCUGGCGUGGCCCCUGACAGUGCCAGCCUCAACCAGCUGAGCCUGCUGCAAAUGACGCUGAAGCGCGGAGCUACAGCCGCCAAGGCUGCGGCGGCCGCCGCCAAGGCCUCGCCCGGCCUCGCUCCCACCGCCACCGCCACCGCCACCGUCACUUCCAUCUCUGCGGCCGCGGCGGCGCCGCCGGCACCCGCCGCUGUCGGGGACGCUAGUCUCGAGGGCGCCCCCAACGUCGCCUCCGGCCCGGGCCACGGGAGCGGGCGAGAGGCGCGACGCGGCAGCCUGGUGGGCGACGCGGACGACCCCGACGGCAAGGAGAGCGGGGCGGAACCCGACCGGCCCUUCGCCUGCCCGUCGUGCGACGACCGCUUCUUCACCCUCAGCUCCCGCAACCGCCACAUCGCGCGCGUGCACGCCCGCUGGCUGGGCCCCCAGCCGCAGGCCCAGGCCCAGGCCCAAGCGGCGGCCGGCGGCCCCGGGGCCCGCCCCGCGCGCCCUCGCCCCCGCACAGGCUCCUCGCCCGACAACCAGAGCGACGACGACCCGGACGACGUGGAAGGCUGGAGAGACAGCCCAACUGAUUGGAGUAUGGACCCAAUUGAAUGUGAAGAUGGUGCUGGAAGUUUCCUCUGUUCUGAUUGUGGGAUAAACUUUGAGAGCCCCCAAGAUGUCCUUCGUCAUCGGCGAUUAGAACAUUCUUCUCAAGAUGUUACAUCUAAUAUAUCAAUUGAUCAAGAAGCACCUGGAAGCCCCAAGCCCAGUGCAGAAUGUGUUACUGAUGAACAUGGAGGAAGUUCUGUUUCUGAAGCACAUACUUCUCAGGAGAUUGUAACAGGAGUAAUAUCUCAUUUAUCUAACCUGGUUUCUAAAGCAACUUCAGAUGAUAGUGCACGACGGCCAGAUAAAACAUACAGAAAAGAUAAUGAUCAUGCUGAGGCUUCUGGUCCAGUAGAGGCAGAUGGCAAUAUUGUAUCACUGACACAAAUACAGGUCUCUAGAGAAUCAACAAUUGUUGCUGAUUCUCCCUUGUCUUCUAUUAGUGAUAUGUCAAUUGUUAAGACUAAAGUUGCAAUAUCAAAGACUCCAUCCAAUUCAUUCCAUGUAGAUUCUCAACCAAAGAAAAAACAAGUCAAAUUAGAUUUACCUAAGAAAAAAGAAAGAUUAUCAAGAAAGGCUUUACAUUCUGGUGAUAUGGAUGAUGAAGCAGAUAUUGAAAUUAGAGCUCGAGCGGAGGCAGCUUUGAGGGAAUUAAAUCGUCACAAGGCCAGAGGUAGCUCUGGAUCAGGCUCGAAAUGGGGCCUGACUUUCACUGUCACAGAAUCACCCAAUAAGCAGGGUGGUGAUUCAGAGGGCUCUCUUGAAAGAAAAAACAUUGCUAAUGCAAGUAAUAGAUUUAAUCUCCCAUUGGUGAGAAAAUUGCCUUUAGGAGAGGGUCGUUAUGCCUCUCUGGUAGAAAAGAAAAAGAAGCACUCGUCAGUCUCUGCAGAUUCCAAAAAGACCCCUCCAGGAGACAGCCCUGAAACUGUCUCUGACCCUAACUACUUAGAAAAGUCGUCUUUAGAUAUCUAUGAAUUUGAAGAGGAAGAAGUCAGUCCAUCUGUUGACUUUGGAUUGAGAACUUCGCAAACAUCAGUUGAAGAAAAAGCAAAAUCAAAAGAAGCACCAGAAGUACAACCAUUUUUUCCUGUUAAUGGUGAGGUAGAAAGUGAAGGAGGGUUGGAAGAAGUAGUGGCUGAAAGCAAGGCUUUAAAAUCUGGUUUAAUCUCCAAGGACAUUCCAAAGAAAGCAUUUGAAAUGGAACCUAGUUGUUCUACUGAGAAUUCAAUGUCUGCACUUUCAUCUGAAGAUAGUUCUUCUUUGCCUGUAGCAUCAAAAGAUAAUGAUCUUCUGGAAUCCUCUACUAGUGUGUCAGACAUGGACUCUACAUCUGAAAAUUCAAAAGAAUCAUUUAAUUUAUCUGUAAAGCAGAAAAUGAAAUCAAAAUCAAAGAACGGUGAAUAUUCUCAGGCAAACAGUGUUGUGACUGGAAACAGAGAAUUGUGGAGAACUUCGCGAAGGAAAUGUGUUCAGGAAUCACAAUCUGAAGAGACAAGUGAUGAUAUCUGUGAUGAAAGCGAUGAUAGCAUGGUUCAGAAAACUGAUGAAAUUUCUGGUGAUCUUUCUAGUGACUCUUGUAAUUCCCCAAAACUCAAUUUGCCUACUAGAGAGUCCCAGCCACAUAAACGUCAUAAAAGUGAAAGUGAAACUAAAGUGCACCGUGUGUCAAAAAAUGACAACCUAUCAGAUCGAUCUUCUGUACCAGCAUCUCGCAGACGUCGAGCUAAAUCAGACUUAUUGAUAUCUAUUUUUGCUAAAUCAAAGCGUAACUUUAUGACAAAUAGUAUUAUUUCAAACUCAAAAAGCUUUGUAAAUAUUGAGCCCCCUAGUGAGGAUAUUAGUAGUGAUGAUAGUGAACAGAGUGGUGUGGUUGAAAAGAACGUUGUGUCUUCACAAGUUCUUUGAUGUUGGUGUCGUGAUUGUUCCAAAUAGUGAAUUUAAUUUGAAAGUCGUGUAUGUGGUAUUGUUUUUGUUUUUUUGUUAUAAAAAACUUCAGUGAGUCAAACAUUGUAAAUGAGAGAGAGUUAUGUGAAUAAUAAUCAUGUAUAUCAAAACUAUUUUUAAAAUAUUACAGUGUAAAAAUACAUAAUAUCUGCUAUGAGUUUAUAAUUUUUCAUCAGAGGUACUAUCUUGUGUAGGUGAGAGAUAAAUGUAAGUGCUGCCUGUUACAUAGUUCAUAGUCAAAAAGACCUUUUAUAUGCAUAUUGGAUUAUGUGUGAAUGUUCUAGUUUAUUUGAAAUUGUGCAUCUUUAUUAUAAACUUCCCACAGAGUGAACUUCAGUUGUAUGUAACAUUUUUAUUGUAGAAGAAAAUAAUGCAAUGUGAUAGUACUGCAAAGGAGAGAUUUAUCAGUGUGUGAAGCAGGAUUUGUGGUCCUGCUUAGUUCAUUUAUUGUAUAUUAAGUCACACUUUAGAUACAUUAUAUUAUAUUUAAUGUAACAGCAACAUUACUGCCAAAAUGUGCCUUUUUUAUAUAGAUUGACUUUAAGAUUUCGCAUUUAUAGAGAAGUUCUGUGAAUAGUAUUUUGCAAGUUCCAAGAUCCAUGAAAAUCAAUAUUGUGUUCAACAAUGCAUUUUUCCUUGACCAUUGUCAAUAUUCUGCCAUUUCUAGACACAAGGAAAGUGAAAACAUGCAAGUUUAUGAAAGGAAACUUGGAUUAUUUUUUCAGUCUGCUAAAAAUAAACAAAAUAAAUUGUGGGUUAACUAGUAAUCUGUACAUGGUGUGUUUGUGUAUUGUCUGUUGUGCACUCGUAUAAAAUUUCUGUCUUUUUCAACUUAUGUCUAUAACAUAUUUACUUAUGUCUUAACAUUCAGUGAAAAAGUUAAGUAAACUUCACAUUUUCCCAUACGGAAUGCAAAGUUUUCUGAUUUUCGUAAUCAAUCGUAUUCGGCAGCAUCAUGCUGUUUAAACUAAUGUGCUGGUGUUAAAAAGAUAAAGGUUGCAUAUAUUCAGUUUAGUUUUAUAUUUGAGCAACAAGCACAUUCCAAUGUGACUGUUCAAUGACUGAUGUAUUUAGAUUCAGUCAAGUAAAGUAGCAAAUGUAUUGAUGUAAUGGGUUUGAUAUUCACUGCCCCGGAAAAAUGGUCACAUUUUUAGAGUAAGCUACGUAGGACAUUUCAAUUAGUUUCUUAUCUUUUUGUGCUUUAUUUAUUUUUCUUGGUUUCAGUGCAAAACCUUUAUAUAUUAUUCAUACAAUGUGCCAGAAUAAACUGCAAGCAGUAAAAUUAUUUGUAUCAACCUUCUUGAUAAAACUUGAAUUUGUUACAACUGUAUUGUUAGGCAAAAUUGCAAUGAACAUGUGAUUCUUUCAUGCCUAGAAUUCCAUUAAAAGUAAAUUCAUUCUUGAACUAAUCAGUCAUAAUAUUUGGUCUUAGUAGCAAGAAUGUUUGUACCAUUAUGGUGAUAUUGACUGAACAGUGAAAUUAUGCAUUCUUCAAUAGUUAUGUUAUAAUUAUUCUUAAUACAAAAGAUGUGUUGUAAAUGUGAAUGUGUUGUUGUCUAGUGGCUGGCAUGGAUUUGUGUUCUUAAGCUGCCUAGUCGUUAUUUUCUUUUACUGGAACUUACAAGACAGUAUACAGUUCCUUAUAGAAGUUUAGUUUCUGUAGGUAAUAUAAUAUGAACGUUCAGCCACUUUGAGUCAGGAAGUUACUCAAGCCUUAGCAAGGUUUGUUGUAAGUAAAGAAAUGUGCUAGAUUAUUUGGAGACCCACUGAGAUAUAUCUAAGGUCACAAAAUAUCCCUCUUAGUGGAUUAAGUUUCUGUAUUGGCCUCUCCUGAACUUCUUUACAUCUGUUUUUAUUAUGUUUUUUUUUUUCUGCAAAUUAUGCAAGAUUUAUAUGGUGCAAUAGUUAAAAGUUAUAAUUUUGAAGUAGUGUUAUGUUUUGUACUAGAAUUUUUUAAUUUGCUGGAUUUUCUUGACUUCUUGCAUGGGUUACGCAAUUUUAUUCACAACAUUUUUAUUUAGAUUGGAGUUCUUAUUCAUCUUUAACUCUUAUUGUACAUGAAUUUGCAGGUUUAUACUACAUAGAUAAAGCAUUGCUUACAUAUAUAACUAGUAUAUUUUUCUAUUGUGGUAUAGAGAUUUGCAUAUAUAUAUACAUAUGUAUCAUAGUGAACAGUGAAUAUCAUAACUUUAUAUUCUGCAUUAUUGGCAGUUGACCAUAGUAAGCACAUUAUACUCGCCUGUCAGGAAGCAGGUUGUCCUUAGUCUAGUCUUUUUCAUUGUGUCCCAUUGCCAACUAUGACCAGGCAUACAUUGGAUACAAAUGGUCAUAAGCCAUUUGUGGUUCUGCCAAUAAGCAAACUAACCACUUCAGGGGAGCAGGGCAAUUCUCAGAUGCAGAGAAACAAUUUUAUGCAAAAUGAGACCUGGUCCUUCAUGCAAACCAAAGUAUUUCCAUAAAGCAGUUAUUCAAUAUUUUAUAAUGAUUGCUUAAUUUGACAGUUACAAUUAUUUUUUUUGUCUUUGUAUCAGUACAAUAUUAUUGUAAUGUUCAAUUCUCCCACGCUCAAGUAGAGCAGAAAUGUGUAUAUUAAGUUAUUGGUUUACUAUAAGAAAUGAAAAUUCAACUCAUUAGAGUGAAAUUUUGAAAAAAACAAUAACAAAAAACAGUUAUUGAUGAAUAUGUUCUUACAAUGAUACCUUAAGUAGAUGUAUAUAGUGUGCAUAUUCAAAGACUAUUUGUUUACUUUUCUUCAAAAUUAUUCUGACUUUCAAUGAUAUUUUCCCAUUAGGUCAUAACUUUAGGUUAAUUUCAUGAACAAUUGCAUUGUCAAAGACUUCUUAUAUAUAUGAGUUGAAUGAAUUUAUGUUGCACUCUUCACUUUUCAUUUUCCGUUGGCAUUCAUAUGUACAUAAUUCCACCAAAGUAUUUAAUAUUUAUUAUUUGUUAUUCUGUUCCUGCUAGAGAAUGGUUUUUCAUGGUAUUAAACAAGUCAUACCGUAUUGAUGCAAAAUUGUGAAAUACCUUUUCUUUUCACUUUCCUUCAAUAUCUAUACUGUUUCUGAGAAGUUGAAUACAAGAAAUAAUAUCUUCAUUACCUUCUUUCCCUCCUCCCAUAGAGUUUCGUCAUUUCAUUUUAUAUCUUCAUCAGAUCUGGAAGAAAUCCUGUUUAUAUGGUAUUGUGGUCAAAAGUUUGCAUAUUGUUAAUAGUUUAUUUUGCUAGAGUUAUAAAAUGGAAAACAGACUGGAAAGGGUGUCUGGAAAUCACAUGACAUAAUUUAUUUGGUCUGAUUUGUCGUAUAAAUUGGAAUAUAAUGAAUAUGGUGCUGUUUUUUCUUUUCUUUUUUUU